AGGCAGCCCUCGUGGCUGGAGCCCAGCCGGCCGGCCCCCGGCCGCUCAGCGGCCCGCGCCUCGCGAGGCCUCGGGGCCAUGGCGCGCGGGCUGCAGCAGGGGCCGCCAGGAGCGUCCAGCGCCGCGCCCGGCGGCCUGGCGUCUCUUCUCCGCGUCAGGAUCGGGGGGAACGCCGCCCUCCGCUGCCACGAGCUGCGCAUGAACGAGGACGGGGACGUUGCGCGGGAGGUGCUGCUCGACUGUGCCCGCGGUGACGAGGAGUGCAGGACCCUGCUGGCCCUGGACGCACAGCUCGGCUUCGCCGAUGCGGAGGCCGCGGCCGCGCGGGUUCGCGCCGACCUUGACCUCCUGGCCAGGGACGAGUCCGACAGCGCCGAGCUGGAGGUGAGCGCUGACGUCGCCGCGCGCACCCCUGGAGCACAGCGCUACGUGCAUCUGCUGACAGAGUUGUACAGGCAGCACAACCCGGAUAAGGUGGACGGGUUGCCGGAAUUGAUGCGGAAGUACGAGGGCAAGGAGCCAGAGUUGUACAGGAAGGUGUGCGAGAAGUACGAGGUGCGGAACGAGGAUUACCCAGUAGCCGUGUUCCACACCAGCGCAGGCACCUUCGAGGUCGAGAUCUACCUGAACCGCGUGCCCGUCACCGCGUCCAAUUUCAUCGAUCUGGCGCGUGGCGGCUUCUACGACGGCAUCCAUUUCCACCGCGUGGUCCCCGGUGUGAUCAGCCAGUUCGGCUGCCCGCAUGCCAGGGAUCCCCAGUGCAGCAAGGCUGGCACCGGUGGCCCUCCCGACGGCACCUUCAGAAACCUCAAGACAGGCGCGGUGGAGCGCCGCUGCGGCGGGGGCAACAUCAGGGACGAGCACUGCAGCCGAGACUCGAACCGGACGGGGACGUUGUCGAUGGCCAACGGGGGCGCCCCUGACAGUGGGGGUUCCCAAUUCUUCAUCAACAUGAGGCACAACCCUACCCUAGACUGGUUCACAGAUGGCAGGUCCAAGCACCCAGUGUUCGGGAAGGUCGUCAAGGGCCUGGACGUCUGCAGGCGCAUCAACUGCGCCGCAGCCGUGAACGAAAGGCCCGUCGAUCCUGUCAGGGUCCACAGCGUCUCCGUUCACAACAUGCCGCCCUGACCUGACCCACGCGCGCGGAUGCGUCCAGCUCGGCCGGCCGGUGGGGCGUGGCGCGCUUUGCUGCGCUGGUGGGCGCCGCGCGGCCGCCUCGCCGAAGCAGCAGCAGGAGCAGGUGCCCUUGAGCAGCGCUGUGGCAGGCGCGGCCGCCGUGGAGUGGAGGCGCGUGGGCUCACCGAGCGCUAUGUAACGCGGCUGACUAGUGGAGCGGAGCGGAGCGGAGCGGCCUUGGCGCUGCGGGUACGCGCGGGGGGGAGCUCACAGCCGCGGGGCGCGCGGACGCAGAGGCCCAGCCUGCGGGGCGACCCCGGCCAGCACGGUGUGGCCCGCGCCGCUAGCGCGCCUGCAGGGGGCCGCGCGAGCGUCGCGGAUUCGGCGGUCCAAAGACCCAGACGUGUUUGCGUUCGGGAAAGACACGCCGGGCGGCUUUUGGCCGUUUUCGGCUUUUGAGGGCCCUCACCUGGCCCUAGGACCGUCAACACCGUCAACAAAGUAUUCGGGAUGAAACAUCGGCCCUGUGGGGGUGGGGCGGGACUUCGGGGGACCGCGCGCCGA